GUAUACACUUGUGUCCACGUUACUUCCUUUUCCUCACAUGGGUCGCAGCCAAGCACAGAGGGAUGUCUGGGAGGUUUCAUUCCUGCAAGACCGAAGACCUCACACGUGCCUGACAGGAGAUCUGAAAAUAAAUAUGUUACACAGUAACAAGAUUAGCAGAGAGGGGAAGCGAAGAGAAACAAGGGAUUGAAAGAGACAAAAGACGAACUUUGCUCCCAAGGACAGAAACUGCUCUGCAGGAGAGAACAAGCUAGUUACAACAGGCAAGAGAUAAGAAAAGCAAGCGAAACUUCUCAAUGGCUUACCGACUUUUUGAAGGGAAGGAACACGCUUCCAUCUACCAACAGUAUCGGUUUACUCCUCCAUCUGGGCUCAAGGAUGUUAUCAUUCAGUACUUGGACAAAAUGAAGGGACAGCCGCAUGUGCUUGCUGUAGAUCUGGGAUGUGGAACUGGUCAGCAUACUCGACUAAUUGCGCCGCAUUUCAAAGAAGUGGUUGGCAUUGAUAUCAGCGACUUCCAACUGAAGGAGGCCCGGGCCGUGCCGGGAUACGCUAACAUCACAUACCGUAAGGGGACAGCAGAAGAGCUUCCUUUUGAGGAUGGCACUGUAGACUUGUUGACAGCAGCUUCGGCAGCACAUUGGUUCGACCCGACCAGGUUUCUGCUUGAGGCUGAUCGGGUCCUGAAGCCCAGGGGCUGCAUGGCUCUGCUGGGCUUCACGGACUGUAACAUCAGAUUAAACUAUAAGGACUGCGGAGAGAAGCUAAACCAUAUCUACCAGGAGGUGAAGGAGUUGCUGCAGCCGUACACAAGCAACCCAGUCGCUGCAUCAGAGAGUAAACUGGAAGACUUGUACUCUGCCAUACCCUUUCCAGACAAGGAAAGGAUUGAGAGUUUUCAGUGCAAAUCCAUGAUCUCUGUCAGAACAUUGGUGGGUUUUAUUAGCACUUGGUCCAUGUACAAUUCUUACAAGAGAAAAGACCCACAAGGGGCUGAAGACAUGCUGGCCAACAUUCAGAAGCGGUUCCUGGAUGAAAUGGGCGUCACUUCUGUUGACACUGAAAUAGAACGGGAGUGGGAAUAUUUCUGCGUCCUGGCUUCAAAGCCGCAAUAACCAACACCACGACAUUAUGUGCUACUAACCACUGGAAGACUUUUUUCAUGAUGCUUCAAUUUGUAAUUCAUAAAAAGCUAACAAGAACCA